UCUGCUUUUGGUUUCUGUGAGUUUGACGGCUCUGGAUACUUCCUAGAAAGGCAAUCAUACAGGGGCUGUCUUUACCUGAGAAGCUUAUUGCCCUCAGCAUGACGACUCCAGGUCCAUCUAUAAUGCAUUAGGUCUCAGAAUGCCUUCCCUCAGAAGGUCAAAUGAUGCCCAUUGUAGAUUUGCACCGUAUCUACAGUCCGCCUAUCUGCCAAUGAGUCUUCAGCUGUUUUCACCUCCGGGCUAUUGUGAGCAGUGCGACGACCCCAGGAGCGUCUCAGAGACUUCCACAGACCGGUCUUUGGUGCCCAGUCUGGGUUGCUGACACUUCCGACCUGCUCAUUGUCGACCCCUGAUUGCCAAGGUUUCCCUGGGCCUCUCUGGGACUCAGCCACUACCCUAACCAUGUUCCUGGGUCCAGGAGGGAGGGCUGCAGCAAGGCGGUAUCUUUGCGCUGUUUGGAGUGAGGUCACCCAGCAAGGAUCCUAACUCGACUACACCCAGCCGAGAGCACCCAGGCCAAAGUUUUGGAGGCUGAGAUCUCAUGCCCCGCCCCUCCAGACUUUAACAGGGAGAGGAGCAGGAGGCCCGCGCCGGCGCAGACAGUGCUGACUGACCCGGGCCUCCGGCAGCUGGUUCGGAGGUGCCAGCCCCUCCGCGUUCGUGCAUGGAGGGGCGCGUGAAACCCAAGGGGUCGUCCCGCAGUAUGCCCGGGGCGGCCGUGCUGUUCCGCGGCCCCGUGGAGCCCGUCGUCUUCCUGGCCAACUUUGCCGUGGUCCUGCAAGGCCCGCUCACCACGCAGUACCUGUGGCACCGGUUCAGCACCGAGCUCGGCUACAAUGGCACGCGCCACAGGGGAAACUGCGGGAACCAAAGCGCGGAUCCCGUCAUGCAGGAAGUGGAGACCCUGACUUCCCAUUGGACCCUCUACAUGAACCUGGGCGGUUUCCUGGUGGGACUUUUCUGGUCCACCCUCCUGGGAGCCUGGAGUGAUCGUGUGGGUCGCCGCCCACUGCUGGUGCUGUCCUCUCUUGGCCUGUUGGUCCAGGUCGUGGUGAACAUCUUUGUGGUGCAGUUGCAACUGCACGUUGGCUUCUUCGUGCUUGGCCGAGCCCUUUGUGCCCUUCUAGGAGACUUCAAUGGCCUCCUGGCCGCUAGCUUUGCCUCUGUGGCGGAUGUCAGCUCCAAACACAGUCGCACCUUCCGCAUGGCUCUGCUGGAAGCAUGCAUUGGUGUGGCUGGGACCCUGGCAAGCCUUCUCGGGGGUCAUUGGCUCCGGGCCCAGGGUUAUGCCAACCCCUUCUGGCUGGCUUUGGCCCUGUUGAUCGUCUUGACUCUGUAUGCAGCGUUCUGUUUUGGUGAGACAGUGAAGGAGCCAAAGUCCACCAGGCUUUUCACGCUCCAUCAUCACCGAUCCAUUGUCCGGCUGUAUGCGGUCCCAGCCCCAGAGAAGUCCAGGAAGCAUCUAGCCCUGUACUCAUUGGCUAUCUUCGUUGUGGUCACUGUGCACUUUGGGGCUCAAGACAUCAUGACGCUCUAUGAGCUGAGCACACCCCUCUGCUGGGACUCCAAGCUGGUUGGCUACGGCUCGGCAGCCCAGCACAUACCCUACCUCACCAGCCUGGUGGGCCUAAAACUUCUGCAGUACUGCCUGGCAGACACCUGGGUGGCUGAGAUCGGCCUGUCCUUCAACAUCCUGGGCAUGGUGGUCUUUGCGUUCGCUACCACCACACCCCUCAUGUUUACAGGAUAUGGCUUGCUUUUCCUGUCACUGGUGAUUACACCUGUCAUCCGGGCCAAGCUUUCCAAGCUGGUGAGCGAGUCGGAGCACGGUGCUCUCUUUUCUGCGGUGGCCUGUGUGAACAGCUUGGCCAUGUUGGUGGCCUCUAGCGUCUUCAACUCACUCUACCCAGCCACUCUGAACUUCAUGAAGGGCUUCCCCUUCCUCCUGGGAGCUGGCCUCCUCUUCAUCCCGGCCAUUCUGAUUGGGGUACUGGAGAAAGCUAUUCCACAUCCUGACUUCCAGCAGUUUCCUCAGAGUUCCUGAUCUGCUCGAGGCCAUGGAACAGUGGAUCCACACCAGCCAGCCCUCUGAGGGCAGUACUCACUUUGGACAGGGUGGUCAAGCCAGUGAUGGGCAUCACCUGGUCUCCCACUGAGCCAGUCCCUGCAUAGGAUCUAUAGUCUGACCAGGAUGCACCCACUCAGGGCAGGCUGCAGGGAGCCAUUUGAGGCAAGGGUGUUUUUUUUCACCCUUUUAAGCCAUUUGCCAUUCAAAAGCCUCCAGAAUGAAGGAGAUAGCACUUCAGGGACCAACUGAAGCAUGGGGACCGACCUCUUCUUCCAGCCCAUGGGACUAGGUCUGUGAUGAGUGCUGUGGCCUCCAGCCACCCCUAAUGAUAAGUGUGGUACCUGUGGGGAGAAUUGGCCCAGAGGGAGAAGCACUGUGGUUAAGAAUCAGCCCUUGACCUCAGCCUAUCCACCCUUGACCUCAGCCUGUCCAGCCUUAACCUCAGCCUGUUCACCCUUGACCUCAGCCUGUCCACCCUUGACCUCAGCCUGUUCACCCUUGACCUCAGUUCGUCCACCCUUGACCUCAGCCUGUCCACCCGUGACCUCAGCCUGUCUACUGUGACCUUAGCCUGUCCACCCGUGACCUCAGCCUGUCUACUGUGACCUCAACCUGUCCACCCAUGACCUCAGCCUGUCCACUAUGACCUCACCCUGUUUACCCUUGACCUCGACCUGUCUACUGUGACCUCAGCCUGUCCACCCUUGACCUCAGCCUGUUUACCCUUGACCUCAGCCUGUCCACCCAUGACCUCAGCCUGUCCACCCUUGACCUCAGCCCGUCCACCUUUGACCUCAGCCUGUCCACCCGUGACCUCAGCCUGUCCACCCUUGACCUCAGCCUGUCCACCUUUGACCCCAGCCUGUCCACCCUUGACCUCAGCCUGUUCACCCUUGACCUCAGCCUGUUCACCCUUGACCUCAGCCUGUUCACCCUUGACCUCAGCCUAUCCACCUUUGACCCCAGCCUGUCCACCCUUGACCUCAGCCUGCCCACCCUUGACCUCAGCCUAUUCACCUUUGACCUCAGCUAUGUCAGUUGUCACAGUAAAUCAUUUGAGUCAGACUGAAGAGUCACUGGGCUUUGGGGCUUUCUGUCUUCCCACUCUCGGCCUGUUUGGCACAGGUCAGACACAAGCAGGGUCCACUCCUGCCUCACUGCCCCUCUAAGGCCCCCUGAAACGCAGUGGGGUCCAUCCUGCCUUACUGACCCCGCCACUGUGAGGAGGGAAAGGCUCCUCUCUGGCAUCUUGACCUUGAAUAAACCUAGUGAAAGCUGGGUCAGCUUCCCACCCAAA